UAGAAGAAGAAUCCACGGCGUUAGGCUAGUAGGAAAUGUCAGUGAGCUAAGCAGCGGACAGUGUCCCGUGUACCGUAAAGGAGAAGUCCGACACUGACGGGUUUGUUUGACCACAUGAAUGAUCAAACACACUCCGCUGCAUUUGGACAACACUAGGUAAAGCAUCGACCUGAGUUUACAGUUCAUACGACGCAGUUGCAUCGUAACAGUUAAUGUUAGUCGACUGCGUUGUCAUGUCUUUGCGUGGAGAAACGUCUCAACCAUAAGUCAAUAGCCGCUGCGUACGUCCCGUCGUCAACUGGUGACCGAGAUGCGUUUCAACGAGAAGGAGCUGGUGUUUCUGAGCCGCCAGCCCUCGGAGAUGGCAGCUGAAAUGGGAAUGCGAGGACCCAAGAAAGGAGACGUCAUAAAGAAGAGGCUGGUGAAACUCGUCGUCAACUUCCUCUUUUAUUUUCGGACUGAUGAGGAGGAGCCAAUUGGAGCUUUGCUGCUGGAGCAGUGUCGCGUGGAGAGAGAAGACCGACAAAGUUUCUCCAUCGCCUUUCUGGAUGAAGCAGAGAGGAAGUAUUUGUUCGAGUGUGAUUCCAAAGAGCAGUGUGAGGAAUGGAUGGACUCUAUUAUCAAGGCCAGUUAUGAGUUCAUGAGGAAGAACCUGAUAUUCUAUCGAACUGAAAUCCACAGGCUCACAGGAAAGGACCCCUUGGAACAGUAUGGCAUCUCAGAUGAAACUCGCUUCCAGGUCACCAACGGGCUGCAGCUCAUGUCUAGAGACACCUCCACCCUUUAGCACACAUUGUGUUGAGAGCCAUUUAUUACUCUUCACACUCCCAACAUGGAGUUUCAUCUGGACUAAGUAAUCAGUGCAGCCUUGGACUUCUCCAGAUGCUAUAGUUUCACUGUCAGUCUUUAUAGGUAACACAGGGCUUUAAGAAAACACUGUUUUAGUUAUGUUAAGUGGAUUUUAAAUGUCUUUUAGGUAUCAUUUAAGACUAGUUAAUCAAAUGUGUCUGUAAGUGAUGUUUUAUACCAUGUUUCUACUGUAUGUGCUGUAUAUAUGGGCAAUUGGAUACUCUGUCUUUUUCUCUAAAUGGUCAGGACCUAUGAUGUGACCAUUUAAUGUGGGAACACAGUUUUGCUUAUGAUAUACAAAGCAGAACACCUUCAAGUGCAUAUUCGCUGUCCAUGAGUUGAGCCACACAUUUCACUUCUUGUUUGCUUAAAAGAAUGAUUAAUUUUAGUUUUUUUAGUAUUUUACAGUAUAUAUUUAUAAUCUAAUACAUUUAGAUAUUUCAGGUUUUGAAACUAUACCUUUGCACAUAUUGGUUAACUUGGUGUUAAAACAAAAUAUUUUAUUUUCACCUACUUGAACUUACUGAAGAUUUUGUGUGACAUUUUGAAUUUGAUGACUUUUGGUUUGAUCAGUUUGACUUCACACCUGAGGUGGGGUGGGGGUGUGAAAUACAAUAACUACAGUUUAUUGUGAGGUCAGUAUUUCACCUGAACACCUACAAAUAAGUUAAAUAUUUAUUUCAAGAGCCUACCAUUAAAGAGAAUAAUGUGUCUUCUUGAAAAUAUUGCACAUUGAAUGUAGUUAGUCUUUUUCCAUAUUUGUGUUUGAUAUUUUACCUUGUUAUUUCUUUCGUUUUUAGUAAAAUCGUUUGAAAAUA